UUCCUAAAUCAGCUUCAGUUUGUUAAAUAAAUCGCUAAGGAUCAGUCGUUUUGGUAACUUACCUUAUUUGCAAGUUUUUGAUAUAGUUAUAAAAUGAUUUUAACUCAUAUACUCUCUACGUUGAUGGUGGUGACUGCUCUAGCCAUGUUCGUCAAGUCGAAUAAAACUGAACCGAAAACUGAAGCUGAAGAUAACAAGGAAAAUAUGGGCGGUUUGUUAAGCUACAUCUGGUGGGGAGGAGACCCAGAUGAGGUGAACCCAAUCUCUGGACUCACGAGACGUGAGGUCAACCUGAUACAGAAGUCCUGGGCACCUGUCAACGCAGACAAAGCCGCCAAUGGUGCUGAACUGCUCAGAAGAUUCUUCACAGCAUACCCGGCUGCGAAGGAAUUCUUCAAGAUGAUCAAGGGUAUGCCAGAAGAGCAGUACCUAGAGAACCCGCAGUUCAAGGCCCACGUGAUCAACCUGAUGACCGCCCUCAACCUGGCCGUGGAGAACCUGAACCAGCCGGAGGUGGUCGCCGCCAUGAUGAACAAACUCGGAGAGUCACACGGCAGGAGAAAGAUCAAGGAGCAAAAUUUCCAAGACCUGAAACAAGUCAUAGUGAAAAUGUUCAUAGAGGUGUUGAAAUUGGACGACACGACACUAGGAGCGUGGGGCAAGGCCGUGGACUUCUGGUACAAGCACAUAUUCGAGACGCUCAACAAAGCGGAGCAGACCAGAUAACAUACACAUUGUCAAUCAAUUACAGUAUAAACGAGUAGUUUAGUAUCCACAAUGGCUACUGUGAAAGGCAAACUCGAUUUGAUCUGUUGUACGAUGAUAGGGAUAUGACCGAACGACAAAUUCAAAUAUAGAAUGAGAACGCAAUUUGAAAAUUUGAUAAUUGAAUUGUGAAUAUCGGCCAGUUUUAUUAACUUAUCUGUCUUUGUAUUAUUUUUUUUAUAUCAUAAAGUUUUAUCUAUAAUCUAUCUACAACUUUUGACUGACUCGUUGAUCGAGUGGUCGCAAGUGCAACUGCCGGACAAGGGGUCUCGGGUUCGAUUCCCGAGUCGGGCAAGUAUUCUAGGCUUUUUUCGAAAAUUUCUCAGUAAUAGUACUAAGUCUGAACCGGGACUUGUAACACUAAUGUUGCCGUAAUGUGCACCUCUGCCUACCCCUUCGCGGAUAAAAGGCGUGACGUUGUCUUUAUCUACACAUUUUGGUGUGGAGCCUAUGUUAUACUUCUAUCUCUAGUAUAAUAGGUAUGCAAAUCUACAGAUAGAUUAUUAAGACUGGCUGAAUAAACGACUGUCAUUAAUUACUUUGGCUAUCUGUGACAGUCAGUAGAUAGGUACAUAAACAUUCCAUAACUUCUGAAACAACAACAAAAUAAUUAACUUGAAUUAAUUUCAGUUAUCUUCCUUUCAUCUUUUAUUAAAAUCUGGUCCGUCGAGAUCGCAUUAAAGGAUAAUAAAUUUAAUAAUUACCGUCAUAGAGUUUGCGUUUCACCGUCGAAAAUCAGGCUGAAUAAACCAUACUGAAUUGCAUUAUGUUUAUAACGAGUAAGAUGGGAGAAAUCGAUUUUAUUUCCUAUUUUUACAAUUAAUUAUAAUAUUAUGAAAAUACUUUCUUGUGUAUUUCGUGAGAAAUUAAAAUUAAAAUUAUUGUUUAUUCUAAUUGUUGAAUUGUUUUAAUUAUUUUUUAUGUACCUACUUGUUUUUUUUUUGGCAAGGCCUAAGCUUUUGUCGUGUCACGGCCUUAGGCUGUAUAAAUGUUGUAAACACCAAAAAUUUUAAUGUAUCACAAUUUUUCUCUUUUGUUAUACAAUGUUAGAAUUUCUAUAUACAUAACUAUAUAACUAAUAUUUUAUACAUUGACUUUUGAGUGUUAGAUAUUUUAUCAACACUUGAAUAUUGUUUAUAUUGUUUUGGCAUAGAUGUAUGUAAAAUGUCAUUUUAUCAUAGUUUUAAGACGCAUUUAAUAAUAUUGUAGGUUAGAUAUAAAGCUUCAAACAUCUUCCAUUCUAUUGCAUAAUGUACAUAGCUAUAUUUGUAAAUAAAGCAGUCGAUUUUUGUACAUUGUACACUUGUUAAACCAAAAAAAUAAUAUAUUAUGUAAAUACAUGAUUAUUCAAUAUUUGUCAACGAUUUUAAUUAUUGGUUCAUUAAAUUUUAUAUGAAAUA